AAUUGCGGAUCUCCCUCUUCACUAUCAGUAAUAUUUAAAGUUUUGUAAACUUCUCGGCCCCUGUUGACCUAUCCACAUUCCCAGCCAUCCCGCUUUUUGUUUGCUAUCGGCACCAGCUAACGGUCCUUUGAAACAAAAGCUCACCUGCUGUUGAAACCUUAAAAACUCUUGAUAUAGAUCUUAAGCAUUCCAAUUCAAGAUUGGUUGCUCAAAGUAAAAAGAAGCCAUUAUUAGAUUAAUAAAAACCUUUAACUGGACAGCUUUUAAGUUUUACUCUGACACCAUGUAGAAUAUUCGUAUUACACAAAUAACAAACUAGUGUUUAAGAACAUAGUGUAACAUAUUGGUAUUAUAUGUACAUUUGCACACUAGUGCGUCAGUGCAACACCGCUUCUGUUUACGUAAUAAAUGCAGUUCCUAAUAUGUCUUCCCUCUUAAACACUAGUUUGUUAUUUGUGUAAUACAAAUAUUCUACAUAAUGAGCUGUAGAUGUCAGGAGAAUGCGUUUCUGCUGUAAAGAAUGAAAGAAAACGCUUUUGGCGUCCAUAGAGAUGUAUAAUCUAUUUUUACAAAAGAGCGAAUCACCGGAAGUGAGUUAGUUGUCCAAAAGUAGAGAGUGCAGUGUGUGAUGUGCCGAAAUGAUGAUUAAAAGUUUAUGUUUGAUCAAGUGUUACUUGUUUAUUUGUAAAUACAGCUGAACCAGGGACACAUAGACGUAUCAAGACGCGUAAAAUUCGUUGAGCUUGUGACCUAAAUAAAUCCAGAGCUCUGGCAAGAGACUGACUUAUUAACGUUCAAAUGGAUCAGGAGACCAACUAUUUGGUCAACAUCAGGGAGACAGAGCAGAAACUUCUACUGUCACAAAUCCAGCCUGGUACCAUUAUUCAAGUAUGUGGUCCUCCAAUGGUAGGGAAAUCGACAAUUAUCAAACAAGUCAUCAACAAAGAUCAACGUCUGAAAAAAGAAUGCCCAAACAUAUUUUAUGAAAUUGUGUGUAAAAAGUUGGACAGGUUUCAAGAUGUUUUGACGCAAGUGAUGAUAGUGCUGAACAACGGACAUGCGCAGUCCAGGCCCAUCUCAAGGCGGGAAGUUUUAUGGAACAUAGAGACAGUCACAGGUCACAUGACACAGAAUCACCACGUCUUUGUCUUUCACAAAUGUGAAGCUUUACGCCUGCUUGAAAACGAGCGAAAAUUUCUGAAAUUUAUUUGCCAGAUUGCCAGCUUGUUCUGGUCACACAACCUAAAAGUCAGUGUCGUCUUCUCAACUUACAAAAAAUUCAACAUCUCUGGCAAUCACACACGGUGUGUAGAUGUUGACGUAUUGACCGAUCUGCUGGACAUCAGACAUCUGUUGCAGCACUACGCUCCUUCUCGGGCUAGCGUCGAUGACCUCGUGUACGUCUGCUAUAGUAUGCUCUUUCUUCCGGAAGCAGUCCAAAAGGUGUCGGAAAAAUACCUUGUACAGGAUAAUCACCUUGAGACAUUAAAAGGUAUUGAUCGUCAGUAUCCAGGGUCAAUGGAAGAGAUACUUUGCUGGGAUGGCGAACUAAUAUUUCAUAUAUUUCACCAUAGAGUUGUGGAAGUACAAGAUUGGUUGACGCAGCAAGAUCUAACGCUGCUUGUCACUCUUCGGAGAAGGACUUUUAAUGAAGGGCAACUAGAAAGAUGCUACAGACUACUCUUCCCUAAAAAUUUGACCAGUGAUUGGUUGAUGCUGCUGAAUAGGCUGAAAGAUAGCUAUGUAAUAAGAGAAUUACCAGGAAGUGAUCUGCUAGCCGUCCAUCCACUGGUAGAUUACUACAUUCAAAACUACAGACCUGGCAGCCGCCUGCAUUUUGAAGAGAAAGAAACGUACAGCUCAAACAACUUCCUCUGCCACGUCACAUUGAAGGCAGGAAAACCAAAGAAUGCAUGGAAAAGGUCUUCUUCGUGGUUUUCAUGUCAGAGACUGGCCUCUCUUAAGAGAUCUGAUGCAAACUGCAUUUCAAUGUCGCAGUUAUUCUCAUCUGUUGAAGGCAGCUGUCAUGGGGAGAAACCUAAUCAUAUCAUGUUUUCCAAAUAACUCCAAAGAGUUCUAUGAAAUUAUGUACAACAGCACAAAGAUCUACGGGUCACCAAGCCAAAAAGCCGUUAUGCAAAUAUGUCUGGCUCAGGCCAUCGCUUCAAAGAAAGGUGCGGAUUUGCCAAAUGCCUUAACCUACGUGGAGUCAGCGAUAGAAACGCUUCAGUGUUAUGGGCCCAAUUUCUUUUACAGAUUGGCUUUAUGGAAAAAAAGCGAAACUCCUGGAAGAUCUGGGAGACCAUUGCCAAGCGUUAGAAUAUUUCCGUAAAGCUAAAGAAGAAAGUCAUUUACUUCGACUACGUGUCGAGUCUGACGACAUCUUACAAGUCACAGAGCUACAGAUGGAAGAAGAAAGUCUUUUGGCUGAAAUACAAGAGACAAUCCCUUUAAUAUUUAGUGGGAAUAACGUCCAGGCCAAAGAAAAGUUGAUGAUGCUGUAUGAAACUAUCAAUGACAGAUACGACAACCAUCCAGAGUUUGCCGCCAUUUUAAAUGGCAUUGGACUUAUAAUACAGCGUGGGACUAAAGAUAUGAGUGAAGCCUUUAAAUGGUACUACAGAUCCUUUAAGGAGAGACUGCAUACCCAGAACAUUUGCCCUCAGAAUAUGGUAGCCACUAUGAACAACAUGGCAAUGAUUCUAUGUCGCCAAGGAGAUCCAGAUGCGGGUGAAAAAUACUUACGCCGGUCACUGGCUAUUCUAGAAAAAAAUUGGCCGAAAGCAGUAUUAUACAGCCUUGACAUUGAACCAUUUGAGUGAAGUGAAAGUUAAACAGGGAGACUACUUUGAAGCGUAUAAGGUCACAAUAGAGGCAGAGCAAAUCCUAAGAGAAACUUCUAAAAACCACGACUUCAGAUUGAAGAUCAACAUGUCUCUUGUUCACCACAUCUUAGUCCUGAGUCACACCAACUCCAGUUCUUGUGCGGUGACCUCUACGGUAGAAGAUUCAGUGAAAUGCUUAAUACAAUUAGGCUCAAGCGUUAAACAGUACCUUAAUGAUGACGGCCACCACUUUCUAAUGUCAGCAUAUGAACACGCCUUGCUGUUGAACUGGCGAGACUCUGAAGACACAUAUCAGCUGUAUAGAAAAGAUCUGCUGGAUCAUAUACAAAAGCACACAUUAUUAAGAGAUGUUUUGUUGAAGAAAGAUGCCAGUCAGUUUCCCAGCUCGUUACUGAAAGAACACCGACACAUUGUUGAUUACAUCAGAGACACGGACUAUGCUCAGUUAGAUUUUCUGAAACUGUUUUCUUACUUAUCAGAGGCGUGCCCUAUGUGCCGAAACAUUGUGGCUACGCCUGCAGAACAGUUAUGGAGAAAGGAGAUAGAAAAGCUGUCUUAUGAUAGAGAAACAUUUCGCAAUGUUUUGAGUCCUAUGCCAACUAGCCAUGAAUCUUUUGAACAUCUGAGUCUUAGUGUCUCAGAAGUGAGUGAACAAAAUGUAGAAAGUGGCUCGCAAUCAUGUGCAAACCAAGUUGAAAUGUCGGUGAUGAGUCCUUCUGUCAUGCAAGACCCCCUGCACAUUCACAAAGUGAUAAAUCCAUCAGAAAUGCCAGACCAUCAAGACAGUUUUAACGGUACAAAUCUAUCAGAAAUGCAAGGCGACAAAAACAGCUUAAAAAUUUUAAAUCCAUCAGAAAUAGCAGACCAUCAAGACAGUUUUAACGGUACAAAUCUAUCAGAAAUGCAAGGCGACAAAAACAGCUUAAAAAUUAUAAAUCCAUCAGAAAUGCCAGGCCACGUGGAUACUGUUACAAUUGUAAGUCCAUCAGAUGUUUACGGACUUGGGAUAGCUGAAAUUACUUCAUCUUCCCUUGCAUAUAAUAGUUGGGAAGUCAUUUCAUCUUUCCAAUCUCAAAAGAGUAAUGAACCAGACAAAAUGAAUGUAUUGAAUGCAAAUGUAGCUAAAAAUGAAUUCCCCAACGCCAACAAUCCACGGACUCGACGAGCAAGUUCCUUCUCUUCACUUGAUAUGAACGACCUGAGCUUCACAGUACUUGAUUUAUCCUCGAGUUUCGUUGAUAUCACAACUGCGAUGCCAAGUGCCAUUGAAUGUGUCGAUAAUCCAUCCGGGGAUAGUAACAAUAGCUCAUCAUUUGAUGAUAUAGUCAAUACGUAAACAUCGCUGAAGAAUGUUCUGUUGGCUCCAGAUGUUACUUGUGCUAAUGAGAUGUGUACACCAUAGAAAAUAAAAAGAGGUGGAUAAUACACGGUGCUAAGAUAUUGAUAAAUAUGGAACAAAGUUCUAAGAUAUGGAUAAAUAUGAAACAAAGUGCUAAGAUAUUGAUAAAUAUGGAACAAAGCGCUCAGAUAUUGAUAAACAUGUAAGAAAGUGCUAAAAUAUUGAUAAACAUGUAACAAAGUGUAAAAUAUUGAUAAACAUGUAACAAAGUGUAAAAUAUUGAUAAACAUGUAACAAAGUUCUAAGAUAUUGAUAAAUAUGUAACAAAGUGCUAAGAUAUUGAUAAAUAUGAAACAAAGUGCUAAGAGAUUGAUAAAUAUGAAACAAAGUGCUAAGAUAUUGAUAAAUAUGAAACAAAGUUCUAAGAUAUAGAUAAAUAUGGAACAAAGUUCUAAGAUAUUGAUAAAUAUGGAACAAAGUUCUAAGAUAUUGAUAAAUAUGAAACAAAGCGCUCAGAUAGUGAUAAACAUGUAAGAAGUGCUAAAAUAUUGAUAAACAUGUAACAAAGUGUAAAAUAUUGAUAAACAUGUAACAAAGUUCUAAGAUAUUGAUAAAUAUGAAACAAAGUGCUAAGAUAUUGAUAAAUAUGAAACAAAGUUCUAAGAUAUUGAUAAAUAUGGAACAAAGUUCUAAGAUAUUGAUAAAUAUGGAACAAAGCGCUCAGAUAUUGAUAAACAUGUAAGAAAGUGCUAAAAUAUUGAUAAACAUGUAACAAAGUGUAAAAUAUUGAUAAACAUGUAACAAAGUGUAAAAUAUUGAUAAACAUGUAACAAAGUUCUAAGAUAUUGAUAAAUUUCGAACAAUAUGGAAAUUUACAACUCCAUCUCUAUGGUUAAACAUCAAAUUUCAUUAGUUAUUAGUUAGAGCAAAAUUAUCUAUAAGUUGUAUAAGGAGAUAUUUUCCUUUUUUUUAAAGUAUUUUUCUAAAAUAUUUUUCUUGUUAUGUUACUUAUUAAUUUAUUUAGUGUGAUAAAAACUAUAAUGAAAUUGUAUUGUAUUUUUAAAAAGUAUUUAUUAUAUUUGCUUGUGUUACUUCCAAAUUAAAUAAGUGUGAUAAAACUAUAAUAAAAAGGUUAAUUACUAUGGUAGUAUUAUUUUCUAGAAAUUGAGUAGGCCUACUCAAAUAAAUAAUUAUAUAUAUUAUAUAUAUAUAUAUAUAUAUAUAUAUAUAUAUAUAUAUAUAUAUAUAUUAGGGGUGCACCGGAUAGUCGCUCCGGCUCCGGCUUCUGCCGAAUAUCCGGCAUUUUUUACUAUCCGGUGCUAUUCGAUUCGGCUCCGGUCGGAUAUCACUACCGGAUAGUAAACCGGAUAGUAAAAAAUACACCUAUUUAAUAUUGUUACGAAUCUCACUAUCCAGGCUCUCUGCAAACUGCACCAUACACCACCAACUUAAAGAACUUGACAACUCAGGGCUCCAAAGCAACGUAACACUUUAAUAGUUGAAUAAAUAACAGCCAAUACUGUACAAUUGGCAACACGUACACUGUACAAAUAUCUCUCCGAUAACACCGUUCCGCAGUAUCAACUCUUGCACUGGCCUCUCCGUCUCGUUCCGGGCUUGCACUGGGUUCAACAGUUCAGGACUGACUUCACACACUAGGCUCGUUGUGUCGGCCUCGAUCGCAGACCAAGAUCAAGACGCCAGCCGUCUCAACUGUACUUGACAGUACUCCGCACUGAACCGUCGUAAUGCUUCGUACAGAACCACACCGCUGAACUGUGCUGUAGUCGACCGGACUGUAGUUGACCUUCUGUCGUAAACCUCCUUUCUGAACCUUCUGUCGUGAACCUUGCUGUAUUGAGCCCCUUUUCUCGACCGACCUGACUGCGACACCUCCGCUCUUAUAUAGGGUCCCUACUGGCCUUCUCGAACCGGACAGAACGCCCCUCGACGUUUCUAGGUGGUCAGAUGACUAUAACUCUCGUGACGCUCCUGAGCUCUGUUCACGUCGGCGAUCCUUCCCGAACUGUCCUGUUGACGCUCGACUCGGCUGACAGUCGUAACUCGUCACGCUUGACCGCUCAUCUAGCGCUGGCCUGGGGCGAUUUGCGUCGGCUGACUACACACACACCACCACCCCCAUCUGUGCCACCACCAGGUUUAUAACAAUAUGCAUAAAGUGGACCUCGUUCCAUUAAUGUCUGUUGUAGAAUGUAUUAAUGUUUAUUUCGAAACAAAAUAAUGUGCUUAAAAAUAGAGCCUUUAUGAAUAUGCAUCAAACACCGUUUAUUAUAAAGACAAGGCGUGUUAAUAACUUAAUAUAAAUAUAAAUGAAACUUUACAUCAUAAAUGCGCUUUACAUACAGAGCAGCAAUGGCUGACACUUUUUUUUCAAUUUGUCUUGACCUUUGAGUAGGUUAGUUAACAUGUUAAAAUGCUACAUUCAUUGACUACGUCAUGCUGACCAGACGUCUGUCUAGCUGUGCGGGUAUAUCUCCAGAGGUAGAGAUGAACAACUCCCACCCCUUUUAUUUGUUUAGUCCAUCACAUUGAGUUUUUUUUAUAGGCAGAUGACCACAAGUUAAAUACGAUGGACGUAGGUUUAAUGUCAGCGUAUUGACUAGUGGACGGGUAUAAUUUAUCUACAUGCUUGACUGACCAUGCCAAUGUGUUAUCUUUUUUGACUGACACCCAAAUUUAUUGCGUGAGUAUGCUCAAGGAAAAAACAAUGCUUGAUGGUUAACACAAACAACAAUACACACUACACCAGGACUACAUGUGUAGGCUCACUAGGUAUAUCUGACCAGGUUGUUGGUCUGAAAUUCAUGAACACAUACAUCUGACCACUAUACAAGGCAGAUUGCACUUUACUUAUGAGGGGAUUUACAUUAGUAACUAGUUAAAUAUAUACUAACAUUAUUUACAUUGACCUUUCUACACACAUCCUUUACAGUUGGUGGCAUCGUACAUACACACAGACACACUCAUGCUAUACAGAUUUUUAGAAAUACUGUUAAGCUUGAAUAAAUCAAUCAGUAACAGAGUUUAAAUCAAUAACGUAUACAAAAGAAAAAAAAAUAAAACCAACUAAUAUAGGUAUGUUAUUUAACAGUUUCGUAAAAUGUUCAGCAAACACAAGCUUUUGACAAGACACUUGGGUAUUCGGCUCCGGCUCCGACCCCGGCCGAAUAUCAAAUUUUACUAUCCGGUCAUAUCCGGCCCCGGCCGGAUAUCAAAAAGUACUAUCCGGUGCACCCCUAAUAUAUAUAUAUAUAUAUAUAUAUAUAUAUAUAUAUAUAUAUAUAUAUAUACAUAUAUAUAUAUAUAUAUAUAUAUAUAUAAAUGUAAAUAUAUAAAUAUAUAUUUGUUUAUUUAUUUAUUUGUUGUAUCAUAUGCCACAGUUUCAUUUUGGGUUAUUCUUUACUUAAAUGAUUGAUUUUCGUUUAUUCAAUAUGGUGUGAUGUGAUUUUUUUUUUGUAUAAAGUUCUCAUUUUGUUAUAAAAAAAAAAGAUUAUAAUCCAUGAUUAA